AGAAGAACAACAACACCACAUACUCACUUACACACACUUCUUCUCACUUCGUAUGUAGAGAGAGAGAGACAAAGAAAGAGAAGCAGAACUUAAGAAAAUGGCAGCUACCUUUGCAACCGCUUCAACCGUAGUGGGUCUUGGUUCUUCCCUCUCUUCUCCCAAGAGAACAACCCUCUCUUCAGGGUUUUUGAAGUCCAGCGUGAGCGCAAGGAACCCGUUGAGGCAAGCACGCGCUUCUGGUGGGAAGUUUACCUGCUUCGAGAGGGACUGGCUGCGAAGGGAUUUCAAUGUGAUUGGAUUUGGGUUGAUCGGAUGGUUAGCACCGUCCAGCAUCCCAGUAAUCGACGGCAAGAGUUUGACGGGCCUUUUCUUUGAGAGCAUUGGUGCUGAGCUGGCCCACUUCCCCACCCCCCCUGCUCUCACCUCCCAAUUCUGGCUGUGGCUGGUUACGUGGCAUUUGGGUCUAUUUAUCGUCCUCACGUUUGGGCAAAUUGGAUUCAAGGGAAGGACUGAUCAGUACUUUUGAAUCUGACCUUUUCAUUUGAAUGUAUAAUAUAUUAUUCACUUUCUAAAACUUCUUCCUUUUAAUCUCUAUUUUCUUGCUUAAAGUAAAUGUUAGCUACCUUUCUUCA